ACUCCUUUUCGCACAGUCUCAACGAUGCAGCUCGACAGUGGCCAUGAAUACGAGGCGUUUGAUGAGGAGAAGAUGGAACUUGUGAGGAAGAAUUUCAAAGGAUUCGAAGAACCUCUGCUGAGGCUAAACCCUGGCGGGUGGGUCCUGCCCAACGAGUACCCGAAAUUUGCCAACAAGAUCUACAAUUUUGAGUUCAGGAACACCGAUGUUGUGGUGAUGACCUUCCCGAAGUGUGGUACCACCUGGGCUCAAGAAAUUAUCUGGACCAUGAGGAAUAGCCCAAAUUUAGACCAUCCAUGGGCCUCCAAACCACCUCUGACGCGGUCACCUUUUAUGGACUACGACAUGCUGAUGGGAAAAACGCCGGAACCAGGUUCAUCAGCUUAUCCAAUUUAUGAAAUGUUCCUCGAGAUGUGUCCGGGAAAGAACCCGGAUGAUGGUGUUAACGUCCAGCUAGCAGAAGCCAUUCCUGAUCCAAGGACACUCAAAUCACACCUCCCGUUUUCUUUGAUGCCGCCAUCGAUGCUAGAUACCGCUAAGGUUGUGUACGUUGCAAGGAAUCCCAAAGACGUCAUUGUAUCCUACCAUCAUUUCUACAAGCUUAUGGAAGACACCGAAUUCAUAGGACAACUGGAGGACUUCCUUGAUUUAUUCGUCAAUGACGAUAUGAUAUACGGGCCAUACUGGCUCCACCUGAGGGAGGCGUGGGAGAGGCGCGACCACCCGAACAUCCACAUCAUCUUCUUCGAGGGCGUGAAGGAGAACGUGAUGGGGGAACUCGAGAAGCUCAACGACUUCCUAGGGACGAACCUGACGGAGGAGCAGCUGAGGGGCAUCGCCGAGUACACCUCCUUCCAGAACAUGAGGCAAAGGGGAAACGAAUCCCGGGAGAGGAACCGUCCAAAAGUUCAGGCGGAAACUGAAGUCUCCGAGGAACAGAAAAGGAAACUCGAGUACGUGAAGAAGGAGGGCGGCUUCUUCAGGAAGGGCGUGGUCGGCGACUGGAAAAACAGACUGACGCCGGAAAUGAGCGCCAAAGUCGAUCGAUGGAUUCGCGCCAAUUUAUCUGACUUGGGCCUCAACUUCAGAUAUGGAAUCGGACUACUGAGGCAGCGAAAGUCAACAGCAUAUGAAUUUGUCGCGUUCGUAUUGUUUCUUCUCUCGUUCAAAAAUGUUUACAAUUAAAUUUCUAUUU